ACAAGUGGCAUGCGCUUCUGGACCCUUGCGCUCCUGGCGCCGCUGCUGGCUCAAGUGGCGCCGCAGAAAACCGAGGCCAACAAGCUCCAGAUUGCGGCCGAGAAUGCAUUCGCAAGCGGCGAUCUAAAGAAGGCCAUCUCGCUCUUCACGCAAGUCAUUGACCUUGAUCCGAACGAGCGCGUCUACUACAAGCGGUACCGCGCCUACUUGAGCGAUCGCAAGUACGGGUCCGCCUUGGCAGACCUCACGUCGGCCGUCACGUUCAAGCCGACGUACACGCAGGGCUUUCUGCAGCGCGGGCGGCUGAACCUCAUGAUUGGCAACUGCGCCGACGCAGUCGCGGAUUUCUCCGCCGUCCUCAGCCUCGAGCCCAGCAACGGUCCCGCGAGCGAAAGCUUGAGCAAGAGCCGCGAGUGCGCGCAGCUGCUCGCCGAUGCGACCGCAGCGCAGCAACGUGGGGACUAUGCGAAUGCCCAUCGGUUCCUCUCGGGUGCAAUUGACGCCCACGCAAUCUCGAGUGCGCAGCUUCUCCUGCAGCGCGCCGAGCUUAGCCGUGCGAUGGGCCAAACCUUCGACUUGAUUUCGGACACGGGCAGCGUCCUGCGCAUCGACUCGGCCAACGUGCGCGCGCUCACGAUGCGCGGCCAGGCGUACUACUCGCUCGGCGACGUCCAGUCGCUCGAAGCGGCCCUUACGCACUACCGUCAAGGGCUGCACUCAGACCCGGAGCACAAGGAGAUGAAGGCCAUGUUCCGCAAGCUCAAGAAGCUGCUCAAGUGGAUGCAGUCGUCGACGAACGCGAUGGAGUCGGGCCGGUACGACGACGCGGUCGAGGACCUCGAGCUUGCGGUCGCCGAAGACCCGCACCACGAUACGCUCAACAAGGACCUCAACUUCAAGCUCUGCGCGAGCUAUAACCAUAUCGCCAAGUACACGCUCGCCAAGGCUGCAUGCUCCGAGACUCUGCGUGUGGACCCCAACCAUGCCGCCGCACACUCCAAGCUCGGCGACGUGCUCAUCAACUUGGAAGAGUACGACGAAGCCGUGCGCCACCACAAGCGCGCGUGCGAGCUCGACGGCGACAACCGCGCGUUCCAAGAGGGCUUGCAGCGGGCAGAGACGGCGCUCAAGCAGAGCAAGAGCAAGAACUACUACAAGAUCUUGGAUGUGGCCCGGGACGCGUCGAGCCAAGCCAUCAAGAAGGCGUACCGCAAGAAGGCGCUCGAGUGGCACCCCGACAAGCACGCCGACCGCGGCGAGGAGGCAUCGGAAGCCGCCAACAAGAAAUUCCAAGAAGUGGCCGAAGCGUACGAGAUUCUCUCCAACGAAGAGACGCGCGCCCGGUACGAUCGCGGCGAAGACGUGAGCGGCAACGGCCAGCAGCAGCAGCAGCACAACCCGUUCCAGCACUUUCAGCAAGGCGGCCGCAAUUUCCAUUUCCAGUGGGGCUAA